GAGCCGUCAAAGUGGCACUGACAUGGUGAUUAGUAGGCAAUUCGGCGGCGUUACGGAGCUUUGGAGUCCGUUUAUCUGGAUGCAGAUUUGCCUCCUUGCUUAGUUUAAUGAUUUAACUUCUUUUUUUUACCACGUAAACUGUACAAAGUUCGGAAAUAUUGCCUAGAAAAUGUCAACAAGAACUAACACAAUCGAAAGGAACGGCAAUGUGGGGCAGAGUUCGACAAACUCAAUCUGGAAGCGAGCGAUUACCCCAAAAGCGGAAUGGCCAGACAAGGAUGAAUUUCUCGACGUUGUUUAUUGGGCCCGACAAGUACUAGGAAUAUUUUUGGGUAUAAUAUGGGGAGUAGUGCCGUUGAAAGGGUUCAUUGGGUUAUUGUUAUUUGCUGGCAUUAGCUGCGGAAUAGUUUACAUAUAUUCGUUAAGUUUUCAAUCAAUCGAUGAAGAAGCCUACGGCGGGGCAUGGGAACUGAUGAAGGAAGGCUUUAUGACGUCGUUCGCCGGAUUCUUGGUUACUUGGAUAAUAUUUUACUCAGGACUGCAUUUUGACAGCUCAUUGCAUUUGAAGUAGAAUCUAAAUCUCUAGGAAGCUGUUACUAGCAUUUAACGCACUCAGCGAUGAAAUGCAUGUUUUCUUUCGAUAUGCUACAAACCUUUCUAAUAUACAUGUGCCAGAAAAAAGUACUUUGGUGUAAA